AUGGGUUCAGUCUUUUCAAGCUUAUUCAGCAAGUUAUUCUCCAAAGAGGAUGAAUUUAAGAUACUCCUGCUAGGCUUGCAGAACUCAGGCAAGACAACUAUUCUGUACAGGCUAGCGUUAGGUGAAGUUGUGGUCACCCAGCCGACUAUCGGCUCUAAUGUAGAAGAGGUCAGUUCAAAAUAACGUGAAAUUACAAGUAUGGGACCUUGGCGGUCAGGAAAACCUCAGAUCUGCCUGGGACAGCUAUUAUUCAAACACUAAUGGGGUAAUUUAUGUGGUAGAUAGCUCAGAUGACUCAAAUGCACUGGUCAGCCAGCUAGAAUUCUUUAAUCUCAUUAUGAACCCGGGGCUUAAAGGAGCUCCGAUUUUGAUAUUUGCUAACAAAUUUGACCUCGAGGGAGGAAAAUCAAAACUUGAGAUCUCAGAACACCUAAAAUUACAUGAAAUCAAAGAACACGAAUGGAACAUCCAAGAGUGAUGUGCCCUCACUGGAGAAGGCCUGGAAGAAGGCAUAGAGUGGCUGACAAAGAAAUUAGAAGGAGAAUAG